UCGUUGUUAUUGCCAUUAUCAACAAACUGAUUUGUAAAGCGUACUACAGUCACUGUUGUAAAGAGAGAUUUAGGCAAACAGUUCACAGUAGAGUGAUAUGUUUAACUCUGGAUGUCAUUAUUAUCAGACACAGUCGCAGGAGAGCCCUAUUAAGUGCAUUCUUUUUAGUGAGUUUCAUCAGUUGCUAGGUCCAAAAAUAACAUUUCAGACACCAGAAGACUAUGUUUCAAAAGAAGUGUUUGACUCCCUUAAUGUCUACAUUAUUCCCAAACCAGAACUUCAGGGGAAGUUGAUAACAGUAAAUGCAUUGGGUUAUAAAAUUAUUGGUUAUCCUGUUGGAAUUGACAACCCAAAGUAUGCAAGAAACCGGUUGAUUUUCAACUUGUGUUUUGUUUGUGAUGCCAAUCUGCGUACUGUACAGUAUGAACCUUUAGUGAGGAAACUUGCAAACUAUCUUGUGGCUUUAGAGGAAGAAUCAGGAUUUUUGUCUGAUGAAGAAAGUAAAAAUCAUUUACCUUUAAUAAUGACACGGAUCAUGAAUGAGUUGAAUCGUUAUCGACGAUGUUCCAUACCAAUCAAUGAGUCUAAUACAAUCCAUCUGAAGGUGAUUAGAGUUCAUCCAGACCCACCUCAGGUCAUGGAUCACCACGUCCCAAUCUUCACCAAAAGCAGAACUGCCAUUCUUCCAAGUCAGUGGGAUUUAACUACGCAACAGUGGGACUUAACUGUAAUGCAGAUAUUAGGCUAUAUUGAUGGGUUUCGUCAUGUUGCAAGAAUAGCUGCUGAAGCUGAUGUGGAGGUCAGCUUAGUUAAGUCAUGCAUACAGAACAUGGUGUAUUAUGGUGUUGUGGCCCUUAUUCCUAUUUUCCUGUACUCCAAUGUUUACACACCUACUCCAGAACUUGGACGACUAGCCACUGAACCAACAUUGCAGGAUGAAUGUAUUAAGUAUGUAACUAAACAAGAGCGUUAUCUACCAGACUUUAGGUCAGUUUUCAUGCUUUACUGUGGGCUAAGUCCAGGAAUAACUGUACGUGACCUCUGUACCCGGCAUAACCCUCACUCACUGGGAAUAGAUGAACGAAAAUUAAUCCAGUUCGGUAUGAUGCGAGGUCUGAUUCGUCGCUUACACAAAUAUCCAAUCUACUUACCAUCAGAAGUACAAACACCAAUCAAACAACCUGGACUUGUCAAGUAUUUCACUGGAAGUCAUAAUUACGAUGAAAUAUGUUCAAAAACAGGCCUCAGUUAUAGAGAACUUGAUGAGAAAGUGGAGAAAGAUGCACGUGUUAUAGUAUGUUGGAAAUGAACAUUUAUCAUUGGGGAGAAGAUAUUGAUGAUGGAGUCAAAACCAUUCAUGUUGGGUCUCUGUGAAGCUGAAUCAGAAAAGGGGGAAGAAAAUGUUUUAAAAGUUAAUAAUGUAUAUCUGCCAAGGAUGUUAUUCCCUCUGUAAUGUAUGAGUGACCUCAUUCUAUAAGUUUACAGUGAAGAGUUUAAUAACACAUUUAACUCCAUACAUAUGUAAAAUAAGUUUGUUCAUGAAUGAAAUUUAACCCUUUUCUACUCAGAAUAAUAGUUAGAACUAGGUUUCCUUUGAUGUUAUUCUAUUUCUUUAAUUGUACAAAGACAAUAAAGUAUUGAGUUAUAGAAACUUUUGUUUUGUCAUUUGCAAAUAAAACAUAAUGAACCUACUACCUGAUUUAUGAU